AUGGACCCCAACGAUGCAGCCGGGAUGCACCUCCCAACGCUUUACAAUGAACUAAUGGAGAGCUAUUGUACUCUAAAUCGAGCCAGCAAGCCUCCAUUGCCCUAUUUUUCAGGGCAGGAGUUUACCGUCAGUUCUCAUACUCCUCCACCUCCAAUGGCUAGACCACCUUCGGGAUUAUUUACACUGGAUAUUAAUGGACGCUUUGAGAGACAACUGAAACACCCUCUCGAACGCUGUCUGAUACACCCUCCCUCCCCGGGCCACGCUGGGCACCAAUUUGUCCGUUUUAAAAUAUCCAGGGAAAUUCGAUUUCGAGACAAUCACAGCUCACAGGUAGGGCUUGUCGAUAUUUUGGAUGUUCAUCCUACCAAAGCCAAAGGGCCAUGGAAAAAUACAACUCUAUUAGCCAAAUUUUAUGAUCCUCUUUACAACGACCAUGAUUCAGAGUUAGACGACCCCUUUUAUCUUCAAGAUUACAACUAUUCGCACGAAGUUGCGGCGUAUUUAGCCUUGGAACCAUUGCAUGGAAAGUGUAUACCUAAAUUAUACGGGUCGUUCACUCUGGAGUUACCUGCUCCGGGACAAAAUACGAAUCGUCUUGUCCGGUUGAUUCUCUUGGAGUAUAUCCCUGGACGGUCAAUGGCAUCAUUUAGGCCCGGAGACUUUUCCCAGCAAGAACGCCAGGGAAUUUGGACCGCCUGA